AUGUCGGUACCUGCGCCAUUGCACGUGCAGCAGCGCCUCGGUGGCAAAGAAUAUCACGUGCAGCAGCGCCUCGGUGGCAAAGAAUAUCACGUGCAGCAGCGCCUCGGUGGCAAAGAAUAUCAGGUGCAGCAGCGCCUCGGUGGCAAAGAAUAUCAGGUGCAGCAGCGCCUCGGUGGCAAAGAAUAUCAGGUGCAGCAGCGCCUCGGUGGCAAAGAAUAUCAGGUGCAGCAGCGCCUCGGUGGCAAAGAAUAUCAGGUGCAGCAGCGCCUCAGUGGCAAAGAAUAUCACGUGCAGCAGCGCCUCGGUGGCAAAGAAUAUCUCGUGCAGCAGCGCCUCGGUGGCAAAGAAUAUCACCAGCGCCUCGGUGGCAAAGAAUAUCACGUGCAGCAGCGCCUCGGUGGCAAAGAAUAUCACGUGCAGCAGCGCCUCGGUGGCAAAGAAUAUCACGUGCAGCAGCGCCUCGGUGGCAAAGAAUAUAUGCAGCAGCGCCUCGGUGGCAAAGAAUAUCAGGUGCAGCAGCGCCUCGGUGGCAAAGAAUAUCAGGUGCAGCAGCGCCUCGGUGGCAAAGAAUAUCAGGUGCAGCAGCGCCUCGGUGGCAAAGAAUAUCAGGUGCAGCAGCGCCUCGGUGGCAAAGAAUAUCAGGUGCAGCAGCGCCUCGGUGGCAAAGAAUAUCAGGUGCAGCAGCGCCUCGGUGGCAAAGAAUAUCACGUGCAGCAGCGCCUCGGUGGCAAAGAAUAUCAGGUGCAGCAGCGCCUCGGUGGCAAAGAAUAUCAGGUGCAGCAGCGCCUCGGUGGCAAAGAAUAUCGGCGCAGCAGCGCCCUCGGUGGCAAAGAAUAUCAGUGCAGCAGCGCCUCGCAGCGCCUCGGUGGCAAAGAAUAUCAGGUGCAGCAGCGCCUCGGUGGCAAAGAAUAUCAGGUGCAGCAGCGCCUCGGUGGCAAAGAAUAUCACGUGCAGCAGCGCCCGAAGACACGCGCACGCCUCGGUGGCAAAGAAUAUCACGUGCAGCAGCGCCUCGGUGGCAAAGAAUAUCACGUGCAGCAGCGCCUCGGUGGCAAAGAAUAUCACGUGCAGCAGCGCCUCGGUGGCAAAGAAUAUCACGUGCAGCAGCGCCUCGGUGGCAAAGAAUAUCAGGUGCAGCAGCGCCUCGGUGGCAAAGAAUAUCACGUGCAGCAGCGCCUCGGUGGCAAAGAAUAUCACGUGCAGCAGCGCCUCGGUGGCAAAGAAUAUCACGUGCAGCAGCGCCUCGGUGGCAAAGAAUAUCAGGUGCAGCAGCGCCUCGGUGGCAAAGAAUAUCACGUGCAGCAGCGCCUCGGUGGCAAAGAAUAUCAGGUGCAGCAGCGCCUCGGUGGCAAAGAAUAUCAGGUGCAGCAGCGCCUCGGUGGCAAAGAAUAUCACGUGCAGCAGCGCCUCGGUGGCAAAGAAUAUCAGGCUGCAGCAGCGCCUCGGUGGCAAAGAAUAUCAGGUGCAGCAGCGCCUCGGUGGCAAAGAAUAUCACGUGCAGCAGCGCCUCGGUGGCAAAGAAUAUCACGUGCAGCAGCGCCUCGGUGGCAAAGAAUAUCAGGUGCAGCAGCGCCUCGUUAUGCAACGAACGUGCCCCACAGCCCCACAGCUGGACGUAAAGCACGACGCCGUCUGCACCGCCAGGCAGCGCCGCCGCACGAGAGCACCGCUGCGGCUCGUGGAUAG